AUGGGCCCCUGUACCGCCUCCUCAUGCUGCUGCCAGGCCCGUAAUCUGCCAUGGGCCCCUGUACCGCCUCCUCAUGCUGCUGCCAGGCCCGUAAUCUGCCAUGGGCCCCUGUACCGCCUCCUCAUGCUGCUGCCAGGUCCAGAGUCUCUCAUGGGUCCCUGUACGGCCUCCCAUUGCUGCUGUCUCCAUCGCCACACUCUGCCAUGUGCCACUUUCAGGUCUCCUCACACUGCUGGUGUGUUCCAUUUUUUGUCAUAGGGUGCUGGCAGAUUACGGGCCUCCCAUUGCUGCUGCCAGGCCCCUAAUCUGCCAUGGGCCCUGUACCGCCUCCUCAUGCUGCUGCCAGGUCCAGCGAUUGUCUCAUGGGUCCCUGUACGGCCUCCCAUUGCUGCUGUCUCCAUCGCCACACUCUGCCAUUGUGCCACUUUCAGGUCUCCUCACACUGCUGGUGUGUUCCAUUUUUUGUCAUAGGGUGCUG